AUACCUAGCCUCGCGCAUCCCUCGACAGCGACAAAAUAACGCUGGAAGUUAACUAGAAGUUACGACGCAAUGGCCGAACAAAAAACAGCACCCACUAACCCCAUGAAGGAGCUGAAGAUUGACAAGCUCGUCAUCAACAUUUGUGUUGGCGAGUCUGGUGAUCGUCUUACCCGUGCAUCCAAAGUCCUUGAACAGCUCACUGGUCAAACACCCGUUACCUCGAAAGCUCGCUACACCGUCCGCACAUUCGGUAUCCGUCGUAACGAGAAGAUUGCUGUCCACGUCACUAUCCGUGGGCCUAAGGCAGAGGAGAUUCUUGAGCGUGGUCUCAAAGUGAAAGAGUACGAGUUACGUCGGAAGAACUUCUCGGAGACCGGUAACUUCGGUUUCGGUAUCCAGGAGCACAUCGACCUUGGUGCGAGAUACGAUCCUGGAAUCGGUAUCUUUGGAAUGGACUUCUAUGUCGUGAUGGGUCGCCCUGGUGCCCGUGUUGCCAGAAGAAAAGAGAGACGGGCACGUAUUGGGUUCCAGCACCGAGUGAGGAGGGAUGACACCAUGGCUUGGUUCAAGCAGCGGUUCGACGAAAUGAUCAUUGUCGUCAUUCCACUCCAUUUCCUGAGCGGCAGGCAUCAGGGAUAGUCUACAUAUGCUUUUCAUGCUGUCGAGGGGGGUUCAACUCGAGGUGAACUACGCUUGCUACGAAAAUGACCGAACCCGUUCCAACUCUACAAUCGGAAUUGAAUCGAGUUACAUAUGACUUAUGCCAUGCAUUUAAAUCUGCCAAGUCGCAUUCAGUCAUUCAAUGGGCCGCAUCCGAAAGAUUUAUUGAAGCCAUUCAGCGGUUCUAGCAAUAUUUGAAUCGUCAUCGUUGGCAUAUAGUUGGCAAUCCGAAACACCAACUUUGAUUAGUUCAAUUACUAACAAUGUUAGCAAGAAACCGGAAUCAUCCCAAGCGUCUAGAGAACGACUUUGUCGCCACCUGCUUCACGGAUUCUGAAGGAGAACCAAGAAGGUAACACACCGUGACGCUCCGUGCUGGUUCAUUGUAAGUGGAAGAGUCAUUACUCUGGUGAAUU